AUGGAGGACAUCUCAGCCGACGAUGAUCUCCUGGGCGACAUGCUCCUCGACUCGCUCGAGUUCGAUCCGCCGAUCUCGACGCACAAGAUGAACUAUACGUACCGCUCGCCCCGUUUCGACACGUCGGCCGUCAUCAACUUGGUUCGAAAUCGCGUCGUCAUUGAGAAGGAUGUCGGCAAGGCCCUCGAAGAGCUGUGCGAGAUGCCGGUGAUCCGCAAGCAUCUUCAAAAGAAGACGGAGCGACAACGGCAGACCUUCCAUACGCACGCAAGGCGCUAUUUGGAGGCAUACAUGCCCGAUGCGGGCUUCGAAUUUGCCCUCACCUAUCGCUACCAACGCUCUCUGACGCCGGUGGCUUCCUCACUGCCCGACGGCUCCUCCGUAGCUGAGAGCUCAGCAGCUGGAGCGGCUCAUGCACAAGCAGCAGCAGCUGCUGCUUCUGCAAACGCAGCGCCAAAGACGAAGCCGCGAAGAUCAGGUGGCAACGAUGCCUCGCGAGGCUCAGCAGCAAGCAACGCCAAAGCAGACAUCUGCGUCAUUGCUGUGCGCAACUUCAAACCUGGAGAGUACAUCAUGUGCAAGGGAGGCCUUACCGACUUGACAAAGACUGAAGAUGAGGCUCUACGCAACGAAGCGGCCGCAUCACGACAGGCGACAGCUACUCAACCAUACGGAGGUGUCUUGGGACAAGGCCGCGACUUCAGCAUCAUCAAGAGCAGUGCGCGCAACUGCUCGCAGCUCCUGCUUGGCCCGGCCCGCUUUGUCAAUCACGACUGUGAUCCAUCGGUUGAGUUCUCACGGAAUGGUCACACCAUGAAGUUCAAGGUGCUCAGACCGAUCGCUAUCAAUGAGGAGAUUCUCGUGGGUUAUGGCGAGCAUUACUUUGGCUGGCAGAACGGGGAGUGCCUGUGCGCCACUUGCGAGUCGAAGGGGAGAGGAGCCUUUGCGCGCGAGGGAAUACAAACCAUGCAGGAGAAGGAAGAGCAGAGCGCUGCAGUCAAGGCGACUAUGUUCGAGGGCGAGGUCAAUCAUGACAGCGCAGCCGGCGGAGGUGAAGCCUCCUCAUCCACUCCUCGUCGCUCUCUGUCACAGCGCAUCAAGACGCGCAGAGACUCGCCGCCACAGGCGAAUGCCAACGGCAAUGGCGUAGCGACUCCUUCAUCGACAUCAGCAUCAGAAGAGUACGCAAAUCGUGCUUCAUCCCGCUCUUCAAGCCGCAGUAUCCUCAACUCCGUCGUUCCUUCAGAUCGUGAGCUUGUCGACCCUCUUGAAGCGCGGGGACCAAAAUGUCAAUGCCUGACGUGUGGCGCCCCCUUCUUCGCGCCGGAGACGUGGUGGCUGCCCGACGAGUGCAGCCGCUGCGAGCGACAUUAUCGGAUCUUCAAGGCAGACUGGCCUGGCCGGACGCCGACUGAAGGGGCAUUUGCGGCGAAGAGUCAGCAGGUCGCGAAGCAGAAGGCUGCUGUCGCGAGUGUGGCUGAGGCUGCACAGAAGGUGAAGACGAACGGGCAUGCGGCUGGUGGAGCAACUGGGAAGGGCAAAAGCAAGGAUGCUCAUGCGGGAGCUUCUGCUAAAGCGAAGGGAGGGCGACUAUCGGGUGGCACUUCUCAGCAGGCAAAUGCCUCCCCAGCGCCAGUCUCGUCUGCGGCUAGCACCACGAGCCUGUCCUCUGCAGCGGAAUCGUCUGGCUCGGGCACCACGCCUAUCCGGCUCAGUCCCCUGCGAACUUUCGAAGAGAAAGAGGACCCCACGCCCACUAAGAGCAAGGCCAGAACCUCGACUAUCUCAGCAGCGGCAGCGAAGCCAAUCGCACGCAAGCCAAGCAAGCCUGUCCCGCCCGCAAGUGAUUCCGGCUCGUCGGACCUGACUGACCAAUCCGCUCCAACUCGCACGUCUGUUAAUGGAGAAAGCACAGAUGACAGCAGCGGCAGUAGCAGCGACACGCCGUGUGGCCCAAAGAUGCUGGGCAAGCUUGCAAAGACGGAAGCCCUGGCGCACCAUUGGGGUGUUGCGGAGGGCGAGGAAGGGAGGAGAAAUAGGAAGCCGAGCGUCAAUGGGCCCGUGAGCUUGGCGAGCAAGGCUGCAUUGAAAGCUGGGUCGGGGCAGAGAAGACGCUCGUCAGGUAGUGCAGCGGGUAGUGGCAAUGGCAGCGGGAGUGGGCUGCAUCACUCUCAUGGCCACCGAAGGACGGCGAGUAGGACGAGCGUCUUCUUCCCGGAUAGUGACGAUGAGGAUGAGGAAGAUGAGAGCGCCGUUGCUGAUGUAGUAGGGGAGGAUCGCAAGCGCAAGAGGCCUCAUGCCAAGACCAGCGAGGCUUCAUCGGUGUCGAGGCGACUGAGCACAGGGAGAAGUACAGGCAGCGCGGAUAGCGGCAGUACAGCUCAGCAGCAGCAGCUGUCCCGCAGAAAGCCAGCAGCCGUGCUCAGCGAUGAUGCCAAGAGUCCCGUCCCAGCCAAACCAGCAGGCAAGGAUCUCUUGGGCCCAUCAUCAGCUAUCAAGGCGGCGACGCCCCCAACUUCGGCAGCCAUGCCCUCCGCCUCUGCCUCUCCAGCUCCCCUUGCAGCUCCCUCUGCACCCUCUCCGUCAUCCGCAUCGGCCCCGGCCUCCGCACCACACGUCCUAGCAACGCACGGCCCCGAGCGGACCUCCAUCAAGAAUCUUGCGGCACAUUGGUCCGCGGGGAUAGACGGGGGUAGUCGCACCCGCAGGCAGGCACAGCGCGAGCCGGCGACGGUCAUUGCUUCUCCUGCAAUUCAGCGCAGUGUCAGUGGUGGGGAGAGGCGCUCCAAUUCUCCGCAGCCAGCGGGUACGGGGAGGAGAAAGAGGGCGAGAGGGUCGGAAGAGGGGAUCGCUGCAGAGAGGCGUGGGAGCGCGGGAGGGAUGGUCGAUGAGAACGGAAGCUCCGUGCCACCUUCCCCAACGGGCGAUGCCGCAUCCAGGCCAUCAUCUGCAGGUCCAAGCGGGAACGAAGCGUCCACCUCUAUCAAGCGACUCAAGAGUGUUUCGCGCCUCUCUGGCGGCGCUGGUGGAUCAGGCUCAGCCACCGCGACAGGGUCGGACGACGAGGGGGGACGUACGCGGAGCCCGCUCGUUGUGGAAGCUGCACUGGGCGGUCUUCCCAUUCGGCCAUUGAAGACCACUUCCACUAAUGCUACAGCCUCGCCUAGCGGUGCUAGUGGCGUAGCACCGGGCAGCAGCAGCACGCUUGUCGAUACUAACUCCCCCCGCUGGCCAGGUGUAUUGCCGAGCUCGAGCAACGGGACGGGGUCCAGUCCCGUGCCGAGUGGAGGAGCAUCGCCCACCGGCCGCGUCUAUCAAGGCAUCCCAGGGCGCAAAAACCUGCGCAUUGGAAGGCCAGGGAGCGUCAGUCGGCCGAUCAAACCGCCCACUGCUCCUGGGACCGGUUCGCUCGCCGCAGGUGCUGGACCGUCAGCUCUGUCUGCUCCACAGGGCGGAGAUCUCAACGCUCCAGCAUCUGGCUCGGUGAGCGCGUCGGACGCAGGAGCUAGAGCUACACCUCCUACUACGACUCUCCCACCUGACCUUGCUGCGGCUGCAGGCGUAUCGCCGAAGCAGGCUUGCCCUAUCGUCCCAUCGUCGGGCACCGCUGUAGCCUCGUCGCCAUCAUCGCAACAAGUCAAGGCCGAGAACAAUCCCUCUGCUCAGACUGUCGAUCAAGUCAUGGAGCAAGCUGGUCCACCUCAGCAGGGAGUGACCGCUACUGAGAGGGUGAAGAAGGAGGAGAGCUAG